AUGCAGUCACUACUCUUGCCGCCGGCGAGUUUCACCGGCACAUCCGCCGUCUCGAUGCGGCAAGGUUUUCAGCAACGCCUCUCUAAUUGCUUCUUGCCGUUUCUUAAUCCACUUGUCUUGGCUCCAAACCCGCUCAUUUCGUCGAAGAAGAGAGCCACUAUCUCCUCACACCGAUCGCCAUCGUCUUCGCCUGUCUAUGGUUUUCAAAUCGGAGGAUCUAAACCUAGUUCCGCACAAUCUACGGUGGAUUUUUCUUCUCCGGCGUCUCCUGGUUUCGUUUCCGGUGAUAUUGAGGUCGACAAGGCAAAGCUCGCUCAGGUUGCAAAGAGGUUGGAGAAGACUUCAAGGUACUUCAAGAGGCUAGGGAGUAUUGGUUUCUGGGGGCAGCUUGUGUCGACUGUGGUGGCUGCUGUGAUUCUAGCCUUCUCCGUUGUUGUAACUGGGAAACCCACUUCACCUGCUACCUUCUAUGCAACCGCAAGUGGGAUUGCUGCUGCAUUUGUCUCCGUUUUCUGGUCGUUUGGAUAUAUUCGACUCUCUGAGAGGCUCCGUCGAACUGCAGGCGACCCUGCCAAGGCCCCGCCUCGUGCUGAUGUUGUGAAAGGUUUGAGAAGCGGGAUUAUGGUAAAUCUUCUGGGAAUGGGGGCAGCAAUCCUCGGGAUGCAAGCAACGGUUGGAUUUUUAGUUGCAAAGGCUUUAACAACCUCAGCAAACCCUUUCUACCAGGGAGUCUCUCAGGGAUACAGCCCCGUUCUUGCUCUUGAUGUAUUCCUCGUUCAGGCAUCGGCGAACACCUUACUCUCUCAUUUCCUAGGUCUUGUUUGCUCGUUAGAGCUGUUGCGGUCCGUGACACUGCCCAGCUCCAGCUCGGAAUCCGCCGUAGUUCCGAAGAUUGCAUGA